GUUGCUGGCUUUCUGGGUAGUGCUUGCGAAGAAUGGAUUCUUCGUAUUCUUGCUGCUCGGUUGUUUCGGACGUGCGCUGUAUUCUGGUUCAGGGUCAGGCUGAUGUGGCUCGCAGUAUGCGGCAAUGGGUUGGGACGGACACUGACGUAGCCAUAAUAGAUGGCAAACCCCGAGUUCUCAGAGAUCCAGUAGCUCGGGUGUGCCAGUAGUGAUCACCCCGUGGAUCUGGUCCUUGAGGCCGUUACUCGCUCUCAGUCUUCGAAACGCGACCAGAUACAGCGACCAGCGUUCUCGUCUAUCUUCAUCCUACCCUCGCUACCAGGGAGCUUGGGUCGUCAUAUGCCGAGCACAUUUGGGGAAUGGAGGACCAACAGCAAGGCUGAGCCUGAACCGGGCGAAUCAUGCACAGCCAUUGCUGAGCGUGCUUGAAGAGAGGUAGAUGCGUCAAGGUCAUUGAAGGAUUCAAGGAGUGGGGCGUGGCCCAUCGACCCAAUGAGAUUGCACACGUGCUUGACCCUGUGCUAUGUCGGACGCCUGCAUGGAGCUUGUACAAGAGUAGAUGUCGAUGAGAUGACGAGGUGAUGAAGUGAUGGAAACUUGAAUAUGGAUUUCUCGAACCACAUUUGGGGGUUUGCUUACUCGAGAUAUCCAUCAAGGUCACAAUCAUCCUCCUAUAGACGAUGAUGAUGAUUAUGACGACGAGGAGGAUUAUGAGGACUCCGACUCCCAAGAAGAGGACGAUUUUGAGGGGGACGAUAUGGUUUGAGAAUCCUGGCAAGACAGGAGGUGGAAGGAGGGUUGUGACGGUAUCUGGUGGGAUUUGCAGAAGGGAGAGCGAGAAUCUGUACCGAAUCUGCCUCGUCAAUCACCAGGGGAGCUUCGUUCGCAACGGGGACGAGGACAGAUUGGAGGCGACCGUCGUCUGGAACCGACAGGGGGUGCGGGUCAUGGGCUUGACGCCCGUCAAGUCAAACAACACCGCGGCGAGAGAUUGAACCGGGCGAUAGGUUACUGAUCUGGUCGAUUGUCAGAUACGAGAGGGCGUCGGGUCGGGUGCAGGUUUGCUCAUGUAGAUUAGAAAGAGGCAUUGUUUGGUAGAAAGGCUUUCUUUUGAGAAGAGGGACGGAGGGGAGGGGG